AUGGCGUCAAGGACCGAGCGGACCACGAGGGAGCUCAUCCAGACGCUUCCACAAGAACUCUUCGCCCUCAUCUACGAAGAAGUCUUCGCCGCCACGCCAGCAUCCAUUUUCGUGCUCAAGCACGAAGUAAGACACCGCCGAAUACUAUUUCCCACUGCUCUCCAUGUCGACCGAGCCUCUCGAGCCACUUACGCUCGUAGCUUCUUCGCAGUGACCCAAUUCAUUUUCCGUCGGCCAGAAGAAGGUCGCUCAUGGCUCGCAGUUGUGGAUACGCUUAAAACGAAUUCCAGAGUUCUCGUGGAGCACGCUCGCGGUUGGGUCAUCGAGUCCGCUCGCGAUUGGGUCAUCGAGCCCGCUCGCGAUUGGGAAUUCAUCUGUUAG